GGAGCGCUCUUGUGGUGAACUUGGCGGCGACAAGAUGACUUUGGAGGCGAUCCGCUACUCACGGGGCUCACUACAGAUCCUUGACCAGCUGCUGCUGCCCCAGCAGAGCCGCUACGAGGCGGUGGGCUCAGUGCGCCAGGCCUGGGAGGCCAUCCGCGCUAUGAAGGUGCGGGGUGCCCCAGCCAUUGCGCUCGUGGGCUGCCUCAGCCUUGCGGUGGAGCUGCAGGCGGGCGCCGGGGGACCGGGACUCGCCGCGCUCGUGGCCUUUGUGCGCGACGCGCUAAGCUUCCUUGUCACCGCCCGGCCCACUGCCGUCAACAUGGCCCGCGCCGCCCGAGACCUGUCCGAGGCUGCAGCCCAGGAGGCGGAGCAGGAGGGCGCCACCGAGGAGACAGUCCGGGAGAGAGUGAUCCACUGGGCUGAGGACAUGCUGGAGAAAGACCUCAGGGACAAUCGAAGCAUUGGGGACCUGGGAGCCCGCCACCUCCUGGAGCGGGCAGCACCCGAGGGGGACAAGGUGACGGUACUGACCCACUGCAACACUGGUGCACUGGCCACUGCUGGCUAUGGCACAGCCCUAGGUGUGAUCCGCUCACUGCACAACUUGGGCCGUCUGGAGCGUGCCUUCUGCACGGAGACUCGGCCUUACAACCAGGGAGCCCGGCUGACAGCCUUCGAACUGGUCUACGAGCAAAUCCCCGCCACCCUCAUUGCAGACAGCAUGGCGGCAGCUGCCAUGGCCCACCAGGGCGUGUCAGCCGUGGUUGUGGGAGCAGACCGCGUGGUUGCCAAUGGCGACACAGCCAACAAAGUGGGCACCUACCAGCUAGCCAUCGCCGCCAAGCACCAUGGCAUCCCCUUCUAUGUGGCUGCCCCCAGCUCCUCCUGUGACCUCCGUCUGGAGACAGGCCAGGAGAUCAUCAUUGAGGAGCGCCCCGGCCAGGAGCUGACCGAUGUCAAUGGGGUCCGGAUUGCGGCACCUGGCUUAAUUAGCACUGGUCAAAAUCCCUAAGACCAUGAAAAGCGGAGUUGACAACUCACCUUGCCCCUCCCCCAAGAAAACCGAGUAACGCAGGUUGUCCCGGGGCCCCGACAGUCUGCUCUGGCAAUGGUGACAGAGAUGCAGACCCCAGGGGGAUGGAUCUUCUGAUUUUUCCAAGAGAAGCCAUACUUUUUUUUUAAACAAAAUAAGUGCAUUUAAUGUGUUUAAAGAAAUUAACUUCUUUUUUAAGUAUUACUUUUUAAAUCUUUUUUACCACCUUUAUUGUGGUAUAAUUCCUGUACAGUAAACUACACAUAUUUCAGAUGUACAAUUUGACGAAUUUUGAUAGAUGUAUAUACACCUAUGAAACCACCACCACAAUCAAGACAGCUACUAUGAAAUUUCCCACAUUUUGAAAGCUGGCAGCUAAUUCAGUGGUCUUAAAAAACGGUGAGCCAGAGACAAGAAAGUUACAGGCCACCAGUUUGCAGUCUCUUGUGUAAGAGAUUGUUAUUCAUUCAGUAACUAUUUUUGAGCACCUGACCAGUGCUAGGGUCUGGGGAUACAGGAGUGAAAAAAGAUACAAAAGUUCCUGCCCUCAUGGAACUGACAGUCCAGUGGGGAGACAGAUGACAAACACAAUAAAUAAUAAAAUGAGUACAUGUUAGGAAGGAGAAAUAAAUGAGGUGAGGAAGGAUUAAACAGGAUGAUCAGAGAAGUUCUCACUGAGAAGGUGACAUUUGAGCAAAGAUCUAGAGGAAAUGAGACAUCAAAUCACAUGCCUAUCUGAGAGAAAGCAUCCAGGCAGAGGGCACAGCCUGUGCAAAGGCCCUGAGGUGGGUUGUUGGAGGUUCCUGGGAGCAGGCAUAAGUGGGGUGGGUGUAUAUAAGACUUUGAAGCUUUCUUCUUGAACAGCAACAAUGCAGGAAUGGUAGGGGAUCUAAAUUCAUUACUAGGUGUCAAAACCCAUGCCUUUGUGAAUUUGUGGGAUGAGGAUCCCCAGAUUCUCAAGGAUCCCCAACCCCAAGAACCACCAUGGGAGAAACAGGUGACAAUAGCUUGAGAACUUUCACUGAACCAAAUACCUGCGCUCUUGCCUCUCCUUGCCCCUGCAGGAAUUGCGGUUUGGAAUCCUGCCUUCGAUGUCACCCCGCACGACCUCAUCACCGGCGGCAUCAUCACGGAGCUGGGUGUCUUUGCCCCUGAGGAGCUCCGGGCAGCCCUAAGUGCCAGGGGCUCCUGAGUGGGAGACCCUAGAUGGACUCCAGAAGUAACCAACCCAGCUCUCCAUAUCCUGCCCUCAUCCCUCUAGGUUUUAUAAUAAACAUAUUGAAUGGCCUGCCCAAAA